AUGUGUGAGGAUGAGGAGGGCGACGAGGACGGCGCGGACGAGGACGACGAGCUGCCGGCGGCGGAGAUGAAGAAGAUGAAGAAGCGCAAUGUCACGCUGACGCUCGAGCGCAUCGACGGCAGCCUGGGGAUCGCGGUCGCGGGCAACCAGGUGACCGCGGUGCACAAGAACGGGGCGGGCGAGGCGGCGGGGCUCGAGAUUGGCGACUUGAUCACGGAGGUCAACGGCAAGGACACCCACCUCGACACCUUCGGCAGCCUCCUCCCCAAGGACAAGACCAAGCCGAUCAAGCUGCGCGUCGUGCGCCUGGACGCACUGUAA